CAGCGAGCAGCGCGCGCACAGAGCUCGGCUCCUCGGCUGAGACUGCGCGGCGCUGAGAACUGAAUCGUGUGGCUCUGUGACGAUAAGCAACUGAGGCAUAGAAAGUUUAAGUGACUUGCUGAAGGUCCUACAGUUUUUUUUCUUAUAAGGCUAAGAAAAUCACAAACUACAUGUCAGUGAGUCAGCAAGAUCUAGAUCCUGAUAGUACUACAGAUGUGGAAGUUGUUACAGAUACUGAAGAAGAACUUAUUAAAGAAUGUGAAGAAAUAUGGAAAGACAUGGAAGAAUGUCAGAAUAAAUUAUCACUUACUGGAACUGAAACCCUCACUAAUUCAAAUGCUCAGCUCUCAUUAUUGAUUAUGCAAGUGAAAUGUUUAACUGCUGAACUCAGUCAGUGGCACAAAGAAAUGCCUGAAGUAACUCCCCUGACGGAAGAUUUUCUGGUAACAUUAGGAAAAGAAGAGUUCCAAAAAUUAAGACAUGAUCUUGAAAAUGUGCUAUCUACUAUUCAGUCAAAGAAUGAAAAGUUAAAGGAAGACUUAGAAAGGGAGCAACAAUGGUUGGAUGAACAGCAACAAAUGCUAGAAUCUCUUAAUGUACUUUAUGGUGAAUUAAAAAAUCAGGUCGUUACGUUUUCUGAAACAAGAAUCUUUAAUGAACUGAAAACUAAAAUGCUUAAUAUAAAAGCAUUUAAGGAGAAACUCUUGAUUACCUUGGGUGAGUUUCUAGAAGACCAUUUUCCUCUGCCUGAUGGAAAUGUUAGAAAGAGAAAGAAAAACAUUCAAGACUCAACCAAACAGCUGAUAACACUGCAUGAAAUAUUAGAGAUUCUUAUAAAUAGAUUAUUUGAUGUUCCACAUGAUCCAUAUGUCAAAAUCAGAGAUUCCUUUUGGCCACCUUAUAUUGAACUGCUGCUGCGUAAUGGAAUUGCCUUGAGACAUCCAGAAGAUCCAACCCAAUUGAGAUUAGAAGCCUUCCAUCAAUAAAGGGAUGUUCUUUUUUCAGUAAAGAAUCUUCUCAUCCAAGGAUAAUGGAAACAGGACUAUUUGAAUAAAAAUUAUUUGCAAAUCAAAGCAAUAGUCUAUCUUCCUUUUAUCCUUAAGUGACAUGUACUGCCAUCUGUUCAUUUUAAAAUGAUCCUUUCUUAUUCAUUCAGUGCUUUGGUGUUUUAAACUGUAUGGACAAAGAAAGUAAGCAAAAGAUAUUAUAGAUUUAUAAAUUAUUUAAUGUACCUUGCCUUAUUUGAUGUGGUUUGGAAAAUUCUUUGUUAAUUUAGGAUAUUACUAAUGUAAUAUUUUUCUUUCAAUUUUAUGGCUCUAUAUUUUAUGCAUUUUAAGCUUCAUUUGAUGUUUAAUGCCUUUACUAUUUAGGAAUUAUAAUGGAAAGGUCAUUUAAUUUGCAUAUGGUUAUAAAA